GAGGAUAUGAGUCAGAAUGAGGAAAAAUCUCUAUUGUUGGUACAAAUGUUUAUAUCAUCUACUCAGCAGUCACCAUUGUUAGUAUCGUUUGUCGUGGAAUUGGCUUCACGGAACGCAUGGUAUGGGAAUCCCAUCUUAGUAGAUGCUCAGUUGGUCUUAGAUCUUGUAGUAUAAGAUAACGCCUACCGAACCAUUCCACACAACUAGUUUGUCGCAUCGAUCGCCAUGGCAACCUGCUCAGAUCUGCCUGCCGACGCAAAGAAAUUGGAAGGUAAGGUUGCCCUCAUCACCGGUGGAGCCAGCGGCAUCGGCGAGUGCACCGCCAAGCUCUUCUGCCGUCACGGAGCCAAGGUCGUCGUCGCCGACGUCCAGGACGAGCUCGGCACCGCAGUCUGCAGCGGUCUCGGCCCGGCCGCCUCCUUCAUCCACUGCGACGUCACCAGCGAAGACGACGUAAGCGCCGCGGUCGACCACGCCGUCGCAAAGUUCGGCCGACUUGACAUCAUGUUCAACAACGCCGGCAUCACCGGCGCCGCCUGCCAUAACAUCCUCCAGUGCGAGAAGUCCGACUUCGAGCGGGUGCUGGGCGUCAACCUGGUGGGGCCGUUCCUGGGGACGAAGCACGCGGCUCGCGUCAUGAUCCCGGCGCGCAAGGGGAGCAUCAUCACCACCUCGAGCCUGGCGGGGGUCAUCGGCGCCGCCGCCGCGCACGCGUACACCUGCUCCAAGCACGCGGUGGUGGGGCUGACGAAGAACGCGGCGGCGGAGCUGGGCCAGUUCGGCGUCCGGGUGAACUGCGUGUCGCCUGCGGCGGCGGCGACGCCGCUGGCGAUGAGAUACGUGGGGCUCGAGGGCGAAGCCUUCGACAUGGCCAUGACCGCCGUCGCCAACCUCAAAGGGGUGAGCCUGGGGACGGAGGACGUGGCCGAUGCGGUGCUCUACUUGGCGAGCGACGACUCCAAGUACGUCAGUGGGCACAACCUUGUGCUCGAUGGAGGAUGCUCGGUGGCCUAUCCUUCCUUCAAUCUCUUUAAACGGGAGGAAUCUCUUUAGACGGGAGGAAUCUUCACACGAUGGCCUCCUCUUGUGUGCUGCUGUUGGAGAGUCUUGAGCUCCAUUGUCUGCUGCUGUUGAAGAGUCUUGAGCUCCGUUGUGUGCUGUUUAGGACUCCAUUAAUAAUGGGAACAUUGCUCGAUGUGUCGGUAUCCUUUCCAUUGUGUGCUGUUUAGGACUCCCAUCAAUAAUGAGAACAUUGCUCGA